ACCGGUUACAUAGAAGAUGACAGAGGAGAAAGCUUUUGCUUUGGUUAGUCCGCGGAAAUUUCAUUCCAUUCCGUUCCAUAACAUUAAUUAAGAGUUUAAAUCGAAGGCUACAAGUAAUAUUACUUUUGACAUUGCAAUUAGGCCGCAAUAGUUUUCGUCGCAAAGAAAAAUAUGUUGAUAUAUUUGUAAGAGUCAUAUUUGGAUGAAAAAGUUGGGGUUAGGUUAUGUGUCAGAUUGUUUACAACUCGUACGAGAGCAAGCCGAAAUGAAUAUUGACGUAGCAUUGGACGAACCUUUGACAAGUGGUACUUGCGUGAAGCUUAUAAUUGAACUGUUAAAGUAUAUUUUAUAUCAGAAGCAACAAAUACCAUUUACGUAUGAUUCGUUGACUCAACUGCAAACGAACGUGAAGCCGACCGAUAAAAAUUCAUCCUAUAUAAAGACAUUGUUAAACUCCUUAAAAUGUACGUCGGAACAGUUGAACUCACAAUUUCAUCUCGAAGGUUGCAACGUAAAAGAAAUUGCUAUACUUAUUGGUGCUACAAUAAUAUCACCAAAGCUGCACAUUAGACUGGAAUUUCCACCCAACAUUCUUAGUAGCGAAGAACACCAUGAGUGUAGACAUACUUCUAGGAAACCUUUGUUAAGUCUAAUGAGGUCAAUGCUAGAAUGUUCAGAAUUUCAAGAUGCAAUAGCUUCACCAUUGAAUCCUACAAACACCUUUGUAUUAGUACAAAAAAGUGAUAGUAAUAGUGUGUCUGAUUUCUUUUUACCUAAGCCACAAUAUAUACCUCCGAUACGGAAUUCAAAUUGUUUCUUCAUUAAGUUUCACCACAGCGAACAAAUUAAAAUAGACUGUAAUUGUAUAGAUAUAGUGAAAGUUUAUAAUGAAUUAUCUGAAUCUAAUAUCAACAAAGAUAGGGCUAUUCAGUGUUUAAAUAAAUCAAAUGGAAACAUUAUAAAUGUUCCUUAUCAAUGGUAUCAAUCCAGAGAAGUAAUUAAAGGAUUUAAAUAUGUAAGGUGACUGUUGGUGGUUAUAGGAAAUUGAAAGAGAAGUAUGCUCUCUUUUUUAAAAUGAGAUUUUAGACUAAUUAAAGAAGAUAUAUACUUUUUAUUGAGAGAGUUGGAGGGAAUAAAUCAAGCAUGUUAAUCAAUGUUUUUAUAAUAA